CACCGUGGCGUCCUGUCUUGUUCUCUACUUCCAUCGACCAUGUCCGACGAUUUCAGCCUCUGCUGCUGGAUACGAGAGAUCUUAUAAAGGAAUCCGAGAAGCUUGAAGUGCCAGCUUCAGCUCUCCGACUGUUCAAGCUCAAGAAUCCCUUGCGAAGACCCUAUAAAGAGACUCUCAAUGUUGUCACCCUCUCGGAGCACGGGGAACUCUUGGACCCUUCGGAUGAGAUAUCAGAGGUGUUCACGGCACCACCACCAAAACGCCACAUCCAUAUCAUAGUGGAUGUCAUAGCCAGAGACUCGCAAGGUUCCCGCCACACCAUGGACCUCGUACUGCUCUGCUGGAUUCGCGGUGAAGAAGAAGUGUUCAAGAUCAAGAUUCCUAGAUCGGCGGAUGUGGGAGACCUUAAAGAAGUCUUGAAGGACAGUAAUUCGGUCACCUUCAAGGAUGUAGAUGCGAAGAAUAUCAGCCUCUUCCCCCUCCUCGUCCCAUCGGGUGCCAAUCGUGCGGAUGAACUUGGAAAGUGGAGAUUCAAAGGGAAAAAGCAUUUGGAUGCCACACAAAAGUUGUCCGAUGUUUUCCUCGAAAUUAGCGAUGGGGAAUGGGUUGUCAUUGUCACAUAUCCAACUGCAAGAAUGGAGUUUCAAGUCUACUUCAAAAACCAAAUCUUGCCCGUGUCUGCUCUGGCGCAGGAUAAAAUCAAGAUAUUUUUAUCGGACCUUCGAGAUCGACAACACAAGGACCUGUUUCGAGACAUUCGCAUUUCAAAGCUCACUGUUUAUCGAUUGAAUCCCCCGGUGUUGGAGGCAGAGGGAGCAGAUUAUCUGGAAAACUUGGAACCCAUCAAGGACAGCGAUACAGUCGAGUUGUCUUUUGGCGAAUCAACAGUUACCCGGGACCAUGUGUGUCUGGCCCUCUUGCUCGAAGCUGAGGAGUCCAGUCAGGCCAUCGCGGCACUGGAACGAAAUCACACGAGGAUCUUUUCGAGUUUGAAAAUAAUUGUAACAACGCCACUCAAAUGGACGAUGGACGAUGUGCACAAUAACUUACGAGGUGGAAGGUACACAGAGAGUGAGAGAGCUGAUCUUCCGGAAAUCGUGGAGAUCCAACAGUUGCUGGGUUCUGAUCGGAUAUAUAAUCUGCAGGCCUUGCGGACAAAUAACGAGCAGCAAAAUAAGGAUUUUGAAAUAGCUCUAGAGUACCCCGAAGGCGGUGACCUUUUCGGCAGGAUAUUCAAGACCUUUUCAGACGAAGCUCGGGGGUUGAUGGUUCGCAACGAGCGAGAAUUUGCAACUUUUUAUCACAUUCUACGUUGCUUUCGGGAAGACGCAAGCAAAAUCUGUGCGCAGAGGUCUUCUUCCAUCAAGGCAGGCAACUUCGCCGCGUACUUCAUACAGCCUCCCUUCUUCUCCGAUGGUGGCACCGAUAUAAAGUAUGAGACAGAGAUGCCCUGGGGUUUCCCGAUCUUUAUUGGGAACAGGGAUGCCGCUGAUGCCUUGCGCAAGUACAAGCCAAAGAGCGAUCUCAUGGCUACAUCUGCACGUCAUCUCAACCCGUUCUUUGUCUCGGAAGUUAUUUCGUUGAAGCAAGAGGAUGACCGUUUUCGAAUGUUACUCCAAGCAAUAGCCGCUGCGCGAGCAGGAAAGAUACUCUUGAAGGAGACAGCUAAGCGCAAGUUUUUCGUAGUUGCCGUAUACCUCAACAAAGACUUGGUCGCUUCACGAUACAUCGUCAUGCAGACUGGUCAAGACAACGCCGAGCAUGCUGAGGCGUAUCGUCAAGGGAAUGCGGUUUCUAUCCAUUGCAACCACUUUAAUCUUACCAUCAAGUCUGGGGCGAUUGAAUUCGUCCGCGAAAUGUAUAAUCUUGUAGGAGAGCUGAACAAUUUGGCUGAGGACCUGGACAACAACAGGGCACGAACCCUUAAACAGCUUGUAGAUGCAGCCAAAGGGGUCCUUUCACUCCACUCGAAGAAUCAUCCAGUGGCGCAGCUACGAGCCAGUCGCAUGGAUGCCAUCCCGGAACAUCACGCAGGUGAGGAGGAACAUGUGGAUGUGGAUGAGGACGAGGACGGGCUCGGCGUUUUCGGUGCGGAUGAUGUUCAAGAACACCUGCUGAAUAUGAAAUGCAUGGUUGACUAUCGCGUCUUCGGGCACGAGAACCUUGCUGUGGUCAGAAGCAAGACUGAUGGCCGCGUUGGCUACCUGAAGUUCGUCGAAACCGCACGGCAUCAGGAGGUUCGAAUUCUGCAAUUCCUUGGCGGUAUUCAAUCUCCCAUGAACCACACCAUCUCUGGGGCCGAGUUCUGGCCAGUGCAGGACGGGACUAUGAUCUCUAUGCCUGUCGCUGGUGGCCACCUCACGUCUCUUGACAGGCCUGAUGAGCACCUCUGGUCCGCCGCCAGCCAACUCGUUGAGGGGGUUGCAUUCAUGCACGCACAACUCGUUGCACACAUGGAUCUCAAACCAGAUAAUAUCAUCAUUCCUCUCGAGGGUGGUUAUCUCUCCAUCAUCGAUUUUAGCUCAUCUAUCCGCUUGCAGAGUGAAAAACAGAAGUUCCGUGGCAUAGCUGGCACCACAGGGUACAUCGCACCAGAAGUCGAACGGGGCGACGCGUACAAGCCAAUCCAGGCCGACCUGUGGAGCUGUGGACGAACUUUGGAGGUCUUGUGUUCAAUCUGUAAACCCUCUCCUGACCGCGAUUUCCUCCUCGACGUGGCUGCCGAACUAAAGAGCGAAAACCCUGAGCGUCGCCCAGCGAUGAGCAAGGUCCAGGAGUGGAUGGCUUCCAGGAAGGGAGCUCUCGGUGCAGAGACGCAUGUUCUUCAAUCCCCUCCACAUUUGGCAGUGUGUGCUUGAUUGCAUUUUUAUCAAUUGUACUGUGCUGGCCUCAACGUUGUGUAUACCUAUCCAGUUGUUAUACCUGUAUAUAUGGAUAUCAUUGUUGUUUUGUACCUGUAUAGAUAUGUCAAUGUACAUUUACAGCUACUGCCAAAUACAAAGGCCCUUAAGG